UUCGAUGUUAUAAACCGCAACCUGGCAACCGAAGUGGAAAGGGGUUAGCAGAGAAACCUCAUUGCAUCCUGUCGCAGGCUUUGUUUACGGUUUUAACUGCAAUAUUUUGGACCAUUUCUUAUUAUUUUGAGCCGUGUGUGUGUCGCCGUGGACGAUGCAGCUGGGUUUGACGUUGCUCUUGUUGCUGCUCUUCACGUCAUGGUGCGACUCGAUGCCUGAUCCGCACCGACGAGAGGCUCUGAUGAAGCUAGAGGUGAGCAGAGAAAUCGGAGGUGAGGUGAUUCUGAACAGACAAGAAAAGCUCCUCGAUGAAAAACUGUACCAGAUGAAGUGGCAGGAAAUGGCAGCGCCAGACUUCCCCCCUGCUAUGCACUUUUUUAAAGCCAAGCCUCUGAUCGACGCAAGUCCAGUCUUCAGCCUGCUGCAGAAGAUGCCCAAGGGAGCAGCUCUACACGUGCAUGACUUUGGCAUGGUUGGAGUUGAAUGGUUGGUGAAGAACGUGACUUACAGGGAGAAUUGCUACGCGUGCUUCACCGACGACGGCUCUGUGCGAUUCGUGUUCUCGUCCGCGCAGCCCAAAGCGGCGCCUUCCUGUUCCGCAUGGACUCUGCUCAAAACCCUUAGGGAGAAACACAACACCACUGAAUUGGACAAAAGCUUUAUCCGAAACCUGACGCUGGUCACCGAGGACCCGGACAGCGAGUAUCCCAACCAAGACGUCGUCUGGAAAAGGUUCGAGCAAGCUUUCUUGGUGGCCUUUGGGUUGGUCACCUAUGCUCCCGUCUUUAAGGAUUAUCUUUAUGAAGGUUUCAGGCAGUUCCACAGUGACAACGUUAUGUAUGUGGAAAUCCGAGCUCUUAUGCCGCUGACGUACGAGCUCGACGGCAGACUGAACAGUCGGGACUGGAGCAUGAGGGCUUGUCAGGACGUGGUCCAACACUUCACAGCUCAGCAUCCCGACUUCUUAGGAGCCCGAAUAAUUUUCACUGUCCACAGAGGCUUGAAUUCGACACAAGCCGUAAAGGUGGUCGAGGAGGCCAUUAGGCUGCAGAGGAACUUUCCAGACAUCAUGGCAGGCUUUGACUUUGUGGGUCAUGAAGAUAAUGGAAAUCCCCUGUGGUACUUUAAAGAGGCUUUGGGUCUGCCGGAGGAGCGCGGCGUCCAUCUGCCCUUCUUCUUCCAUGCAGGAGAGACCAACUCAGAAGGCACAGCAGUGGAUCAGAACAUGAUGGACGCCCUGCUCUUCAACACGUCUCGGAUCGGACACGGCUUUGCGAUGCCGCGUCACCCCGUGGUCAAAGAGCUCUCCAGGAAGAUGAAUGUAGCGGUGGAAGUUUGCCCCAUCUCUAAUCAGGUCCUAAAGCUGGUGUCAGACCUGCGGAACCAUCCAGCAGCCGUGCUGAUGGCAGAGGGCCAUCCCUUGGUGAUCAGCUCCGACGACCCGGCUCUGUUCGGAGCGUCCGGUCUCUCGUACGACUUCUACGAGGCUUUCGUGGGCUUCGGAGGAAUGAAAUCGAAUUUAGCGACGCUGAAACAGCUCGUGUUAAACUCUCUAAGGUACAGCUCCUUGCCUCCCACUAUGAAGGAAAAAGCCAUUUCAGCCUUGCUAAGGAAGUGGGACAAGUUUGUCUCAGAGAGUUUACUGUGAACCUGCAGGAGAACCUGCUGGUGACCAUAGAGACACUUUUUAUAGGCUGCAUUUUUAUACACGCAAGAAUGAAAAAAUUUACCUGGCUGUGUGUCGGAAUUGAAAGGAAUGUUUUACUGGCAUGAUUUAAGAAAAAAACAAAAGUCACUUAACUUCUGAGUGAUUAGAUCGCCCUCUGCUGGACAUAUGUAUCUAUUACCUUCAUGCUGUGGGAGGUCUUUAUCUCAGGUGACUUUUUGGUAGCCAGAUGAAAACUAACUGACAAUAAGAAAGAGGCUGUUCUUUUAUUUUAGAACAUAAAAACAUUUUUUUUCGUCCAUUUAUAGCUACAUUUAGUGUCGUGGAACAUUCGUGAAUUGAGAUUGUUUCGGUUUCAAUCAGUGAAGCUCUUUGAAUUGUAACAGUUAGAAAGCACCAAAACUUGAGACUCCUUACAGACAUAUUUACACAUCUUCUAACAGAAUGUAAUGCACUUAAAAAAAAAAAAAAAAUUCAUUCAUAAGGGUAAAAUGAUAUCAACAUCUGCUGCACAAAUCCCUGUCAUUUAACUGUUGCUAUAGAAACCAUGAUAUAGCAAAAUAGUGAUAGUUUUAAUGCUGCACCACUGUCAGAGCUGCUGAUCAACACCUUCUGACCAAUCAGAAUCAAGCAUUCAUCAGGAUUGGUUUAGACAUAUAUUUGUAUAGAUGUACAGCUCGCUCUUUGUGUGUGUGUGUGUGUGUUGCUUUUUAUUAGUCAUAACAGAUGUGAAAGUUUAAGAACAUUGCUACGCGUCAUCUCAGGGACACUGAAUAGAUACUGAGUGCUCUGAUAGAAUAGAAGCCUUUAUUUUGUCACAUAUACAUUAAAGCACAGUGAAAUUCUUUCUUCACAUAUCUUUCUUCACAUAAAUUUGGAGGUUUUGGUCAGAGCACAGGGUCUGACAUGAUAUAUCACUGGAGCAGAGAGGGUUAAGGGCCUUGUUCAAGGGCCCAACAGUUGCAGCUUGGCAGUGCUGGGGCUUGAACCCUGAUCUUCUGACCAACAAUACAGGGACUUAACCAUUUGAUCAUUUGCUUUAAUUCUAUUGAUAAAUGACUUCAUAGUGAGAACAUAGUGUGUAUGUGUGUGCGUGUGUGUGUGCGCGUGUGUGUGCAUGUGUGCGCGCAUGCAUGAUGUGUGUGUGGUGUGUGUAUGUGUGUGUACACAUUUCCCUGUACUGAGACAAGAUGGAAACGUAUGCAAGUCUUAUAAUGGAAGUCUGUCUGUCUGUGUGUCUGUCUACACGACGUACAUAAUAAUAAACAUUUAUUCACUCCUG